AUGCGUCUACACGAUAUCCUCAUCGGUGUUCUCGUCUCCUGCACUUUUUCCGCAAGCUCGCAAUCUCUACCCGACGUCUCAGGCGACAACGACAUUCAUGCCAUCUCACGAAAGAGAGCUCAAGCAGUCAAAGAAGCCUUUGAGUUUGCCUGGCAUGGCUACCAUACCUUCGCAUUCCCCAACGACGAACUUCUUCCGGUUAACAACUCAUACUCCAACUCCAGAAAUGGCUGGGGUGCUACUGCUGUUGAUGCUCUCAGUACUGCCAUCUUGAUGGAGUCACAGGAUGUGGUCACGACCAUCUUGGAGUACAUCCCAACAAUAGACUUCAACGUCAGCAAGGGAAAUGCGCCGGUCAGCUUAUUCGAAACGACUAUUCGCUAUCUUGGUGGCAUGCUUUCUGGUGUUGACCUUCUGGACGGCCCUUACCAGCAUUUGACCCAAUCGCCAAACGAUACCAUUGCCCUUACACUACAGGCUGUCAAUUUGGCUUCCAAGAUGGAGUUCGCUUUCGACACCCCGACAGGUAUUCCCGCCAACAAUCUCGACUUCAAGAAAGAGAGUUUCGACCUCUCUCAAUCGACCGGGCUUGCUGUCGCUGGUUCAUUGGAUCUCGAAUGGACUCGUCUGUCAGAUCUAGUCCAGGUACCAGACUUUGCAAACCUGACGCAAGAUGCCGAACAGUAUCUUCUCUACCCCAAGUACGAGAGCAACACGAUACAACCGUACCCCGGUCUUCGUGGCACAAACAUCGACCUCAGCACAGGUGAAUUUCUCGACGUUAUGGGUGGCUGGGGCAGCGGUGACGACUCCUAUUACGAGUACCUCAUCAAAAUGUUCGUUUACGAUCCCGUGAACUUCUCUGCCUACAAGGAUGAAUGGCUCAAAGCAAUUCACUCCUCGGCCUCUACCGAGAUCUUCUCACAUCCUUACUCUCGACCCGAUCUGACCUUCCUAUCUAAUUGGGAUGCGCAGAACGCAAUCUUGAGAUCCAGUCAUCUGGCUUGUUUUGCUGGAGGAAACUGGAUCCUCGGCGGACUGGUAUUAGGGAAUCAGACCCUGAUUGACCUGGGCCAGAACCUCACUGAAAGCUGUAUCUCGACCUAUAAUGCUACCCUCACAGGUAUAGGUCCUGAAGCAUGGAAGUGGGAAGACGAGAAUUUGUUUGAGGACGAAGACGAAGUGGUUGACAUGUUCAUCGAGGACAAAGGUUUCAACAUUACCGACCCCAGCUACGACUUGCGACCUGAAGUUCUCGAGUCACUUUACUAUGCCUACCGCGCCACCGGUGACAGUAAGUACCAAGACUUGUCCUGGAAAGCUUUCCGAGCCAUCAACGCCAGUUGUCGCACCGGAUCUGGCUUUUCAGCAAUCACAAAUGUCAAUGCACCACAUGGAGGAAGUUUCACCAACUUUCAGGAAAGCUUCAUGUUUGCCGAAACUUUCAAGUAUGCUUGGUUGAUCCAGGCCGAGGACUCCAAGGUACAUGUUGGAAAGAUGGGGGAAGAGCAGACUUGGGUCUUCAAUACUGAGGGUCAUCCUUUCAAGGUCCGGAAUCAGCAGUGA